AUGGGCCGUGAACUCCAGAAGAAGAAGAAUCGGUCCAGCAAUCCGAGAGUACGGCAGAAGCCGAAGAGCAAGAAGAAGAUUCUCACAAACCCAAUCAUUGCUGCGAAUUGGAACCAAAAAGAAACCCUCACCCAAAACUACCGCCGCCUGGGCCUUGUUUCCAAGCUGAACAAACGGACCGGCGGCAUCGACAAAACCCCCUUGCAAUCUACAUCCGCCGCCCCGCAGUCUACCGAUGCAUUCCUCAUAAACGGCCCCGGUAGCACGCCUCUGAACCCUAAAUCUAUAAAUCCUGCUGAAGUCUCUGUGACUCGUGAUCCUGCGACUGGCCGCAUCAUCAGUGUUGACACUCCAGUUUCUUCGAACCCGCUGAACGAUCCUCUACAUGGACUAGAUAGUGAUGACGAUGACAAUGAGGAGUGGACAGCGCAUGAAUUUGCGCAUGUGCCGGAGAAAAAGGGGGGCGAGAGCGGAGUUGUGAGAGUAUUGGAAGAGCAGGCGAGAAGUGGGAGGAGGAAGACGCCGCGAAAGCAGAGCGAUAGGGAGCAGGAGUGGAUUGCAGACUUGGUGAGGAAAUACGGGGAGGACUACGCGAGGAUGGCGAGAGACCGAAAGUUGAAUCCGAUGCAGCAGACGACCGGAGAACUAAAGAGGAGAGUGGAAAAGUGGAAGAAGGAUCAAAAGGUGGCAGAGGAGUGA